AUGUACCUAAUAUCAUAUCUAAUAUUAAUAUCAUCAUUAAUAUUUCGAAGGACACUAUGUGCCACAACAGCAACUUCUAGCAUCGAAAAACCUUUCCCAACAAUUAACAUUGGGACUACAGGAUCUGGAAUAUACUACAUCAAUAUUACUAUGGGUACACCAGAACAACAGCAAGAAUUAAUGAUUGAUACAUCCCAACCAUACACUUGGUUACUCUCAGGAAGUCAAGAUUUACAAUGUAAUCGUCUGAAUAGCGGAUGUUUGAGUGGUUCUCUUUAUUACGUGAAAGAAUCCACAUCAGCUAUUUGUAUCAACCCUAAUAGAACAUAUCAUAUGGCGUUCAUUGACCAAUCGGAAAUUAAUGGGACACAUGUUAUCGAUAUGAUGAAUUUCACUAAUGUGGACGUUAAUACAGCAUAUGCUCACUCCACUUACAACACCAAAAAUAAUAAAGGACUAAUAAACUUGGGAACUAAUUAUCUUGGAGUUUCGAAUGUCUCAUUUAUAAACGCAGAUGAUACAGUUCCAUAUGCAAUGGGUUCAUUAGGUUUAUCAGGUAAAAUUACAGGAACAGGUACAGAUAUUGAUAGUUCCAAUUUCGAUAACUCUUAUGACUUUUUGGAUAGAUUGUAUCAAACUAAUUUGAUAGAUAGUCAUUCAUAUUCUUUAUGGUUAGCAAUGAAUCAAACUUACAACGGAACUCGUGUUCAAAAUUCUGUCACAUCUUCCUUUGGGAAAUUAAUACUAGGUGCUGUUGACCCUACGCUAUUUACGGGGUCCUUCUUACAAUUUGAAAUGUUACCAGCAUUGGAAUCAGAUAGUGCCACGGAAACGAUUGGUUAUCCAAUUAUACCUAUGGGCCCGAUUUAUGUUGUUUCUAAGAGCGGUGAAAUGGCAAAUGUUACUUCUAAGGAUUUCUUAGAACCAGUGUUUUUGGAUUCUACUUAUACAAGUACAUAUUUACCAUUGAAUAUGAUUAUUCAAGUAGCCAUUCAAAUUGGAGCUAUGUAUGUGGAAUCCUUAGAGAGAUGGUUAGUACCAUGUAAUAUAGCCAACCAACAUGCUACACUUGAUUUUACCUUCCAAGAUGUCUCCAUUCGAGUACCUUUAACUGAUCUUUUAGGUACCACUUAUGAUUCUUCCACCAACACCUCGAUGCAUUUUUCAACAGGAGAUGAAGCAUGUUAUUUGAAAAUUUUCUCUAAUCAAAUGACUGGGUAUAAUAUAUUGGGUAGACCAUUCCUUAAACAUGUUUAUAUGGCUGUUGAUUUAGACGGUAAUAAUAUUGCGAUUGCACAAGCCACGCAAGAAGAAGAGUUACAGGCUAAGGAAAAUGUACUCGAUGAAGAAGAAGACUUCACCUUUGCAUCUGGAUUAGUGAAAAGGGCAAAUUCAAAUAACAACACCAUAAAUGCAAGUAUUACUACUAUUGCCACCAGAAGGUCGUCCUCUUCAAGUGGGGUGUUGGCGAUUUCAUCUGGUUAUAUACCAUAUGCGACAUCUUUGAAUAUGUCAAAAGUUUAUACGAGGUUAUUUGCAUCAACAGUGUCUUCAAAACGAGUUGCCAUUCCAGGACCAUAUACUGCAUCUGUAUAUUCUAAUGGGAUCGUUGUUGGACCAGGAAGAUCAUUUUAUGUAACAUCAACGUCCAGUGCGACUACAAGAAGUUCAACGACACAUUUUGAUAGUUUUGUCGUUACAGCAAUGGAUAAUUCUACAGAUGCACAAUAUACUAUGAGCGCAAUGGGAAGCCCGUCUGGUCUUCAACGUUGUACAUUAACUAUGCUCGUGGUACUGGUAUCUGGAUUUUUCUUAAAUUUGUUCCUGUAA